GUCAAUUGUAUUCUGUCAAGUAUCAUUUUUUGAUUUUCUACAACAUGUUGAACUAGUGAGAAAAGUCGUCUAUUUUUAUAUUUAUUUAUAUAUUUAUAUUUAUUUGAGUAUAAAUGUUUUUAUUUCUUCACUUUAAGUUAUAAAGUGUUAAAAAUAUAACUUUUUAUUAUUUUUACGAGAUAAUGUCAUUCGACAAAAGCAAUACAUAUGAAGCUCUUAAUAGAAUUGGAAGGGGAGCGUAUGGAACAGUUUAUAAAGCUAAAGAUAGGAAAACAGGUAAUGAUGUAGCUUUGAAACGAGUAUGUGUACCAUUAACUGAAGACGGGAUUCCAAUGAACACAUUGCGAGAAAUUGCUUUACUUCGUCAACUAAAUACAUUCGAUCAUCCAAAUAUUGUACGUCUCUUAGAUGUAUGUCAUGGACAACAAAUGGAAAAAGAACUCAUCAUGUACCUAGUGUUUGAACAUGUAGAACAAGAUCUAGCUACAUACAUAGAAAAAAAUUCAAAAGGUUUCUGCUCAAUAGAAAUUCGUAAUCUUGCAAAAGAGAUACUCCAAGGAGUCGACUUUUUACAUAGUAACAGAGUCGUACACAGAGAUUUGAAGCCUCAAAAUUUGUUAGUAACACAUGAUGGUCAUAUCAAAUUAGCAGAUUUUGGAUUGGCUAAAAGCUAUGAUUUCGAAAUGCAGUUAACUUCUGUGGUGGUCACAUUAUGGUACCGAGCACCGGAGGUUCUUCUAGGUCUCACAUAUGCAACACCGGUUGAUAUUUGGUCUAUUGGUUGUAUAAUUGUGGAGUUGUAUAGCCUCAAACCUCUAUUUUGCGGUUGUUCCGAAGGCGAUCAGCUCAGCAAAAUUUUCAGAAUAAUUGGUAAACCAUCAGAGAAAGAAUGGCCAGAAGAAAAUGUGUCCAUAAAAUGGAAUUCUUUUGACGUUAUUAAUACAAUCACCAUAGAAGAGAUAAUACCGAACAUUUGUGAAACGGCUUGUGAUUUGGUUAUGAGUAUGCUUACUUUUGAUCCGAAGAAAAGGGUGUCAGCACUUCAGGCAUUGAAUCAUCCGUUUUUCACUGAAGAACCUCUGAACACGUAAAUACAAUGAAAAUCGUUUAGGCAAAAGAAUUUUAUAGAAAACUGUAAGAAAUUUUUGUGAACAUUUUGCUUAAACAUUUUUUUUAUAUAGUUUGAUUGCAGUUUAUUUUUUUUCUCCCAGGGGCCGUUCAUAAAAUACGUCACGCUAAAAUCAGUUUUUUCUGACCCCCUCCCCCCAAUGUCACGCUUUCUGUGACCCCCCCUAUAAAUAUCGUCACAAAAACUUACCCCCGCCUUUAGAUGGUAAAUUUCAUUUGAUAGUACACAAAUUUUGAAAAUUUAAAUAUUCAUUUAGUUUUUAUAAUAAAAUAUGAUAAAUAUCUUUCACAACAAAUAAAUAAAUAAUAUUUUUAUUAAUCAGAAGUCCAAGAAUUCUGUAAAUGCGCCGAAAUAUCUAUAAUAGGUAUUGCAGCAUAUUCUUCUUCAUUUAUUUCAAAACUACCCUCCACUUCAUCGUCAUCUAUCCAUUCUGCAUUUUCCAUGCCAGCUUCAGGCUGAAGUUUCACUGCAAGACGGGCAAAUAAAUUAAGAUAUUUACCAUCUUCAGAAUUCACUUUCAAUACCUUUAAUCUGUUUUGAGUUUUUUGUAAUUUAAUUGGUGGAGGCAAAAAUCCGUUUGGUAGUAAAAUUCUCAAACUACUUCUAGUUUGGCCACAGCAGUCUUUGUCUGAGCAUUUCAAUAUUUGUAAUAAGUAUUGUGAUUCACAAACAUGUUUGUGGUACCAAUCAUUAAUUAAUAUUUGUGCAUCAUCACUAUCUUCUUCUUUUGGUGCAAUAUACUCUGCAUCUACGUCAUAACCAUUGACUUUUAAUGACUUCCAAAUACUAGCUAAAGUUGUCCCUGCAUAUUCAAAGUUUUUUUUCUCAAAAUCUUUAUCUACAGUUUUACCGUAAGAAUCUAAAUGUGACCCAUAAUGCUCGUAAGGCAAAAUUAAGCCAGCAAGCUCGUGACUUAAUGGAGCCAUUCUCCUUUCUACAUGAUUGUAAGCACUCCUGCUGGUGCAUUUGUAACAACAAAUAAAGCAUCUAAAUUAAAAUCACGAAAAUGCUGGAUAGCAUAGAAUAUUACUUUUUUAUAACGAGGAUUUUCGUCAGGGCCCCCAUCAGCAGAAAUGAUCACAACAGGUUUUGGCGAUCCAAUAUUGUUGUAGGCCAAACUUUUAAAUGACUCCAGUUCAAAAAUUUGUUUGAAAUCAUCAGCAUGUGUCUUGGCUAUCGAACUAGAAUGUUUGCCACUUCGAAUAGCUAUAAAUGUUGGUCCUGAAUAAGUUACUUUUGAAGGAUUUCUGCUACAUCCGGUUGCUCAAGACAAACAUCCUCAAGCUUCCUUUUUUUUAUUGCACGGGAUUUCGAUGAUCUUUGUUGAGCUAAUUGUUUACGCUUGAGAGAUUUUUUUUUCAGUUUCUAUUUUUUCUUUUCUUUUAGUUUAUUUAUUUCUUUAUCAAGUCCAGCUGUAGACAAUCCAGAAUCUCUUUGCAAAAGUAAUGAAUUUAAACUUGAUUCCAUAACUGAAAUUUUUUUUGCUCUCAUCUUGGGCGGGUGGAGCAGUUUUUGAACAAUGCAUUUGAACAGUAAAAAAAAUACUUAUUGAAAAUAUUUUAAUGAACAGCGAACGUCACAUUGUCAUACACCCCCCGUCCCCCCUUGUCACACUCAGCAAGAGCCCUCCCCCCUUAAGUGCGAACGUAUUUUAUAAACGUCCCCCCAGUUGUAUGUGUAUCAUUUAUUUUUUAAGUAAAAAAGAAGUAUUUUUGUAA